AUGUCUGUUUUCGGCAACGAAGCGCCACAUCAGUCGACAAUUUCCCGUUGGUAUGGAGAAUUCAAACGUGGACGGGUGAGUCUUAGCGACGAUUCCAGGGUGGGUGCACCAAAAACGGCAGUCACCCAACAUGUGACAUAUCGCGAGAUUGAGGCGUCCUUGAAGAUCUUAAAGACCGCAAUUCAAAAAAUUUUACAUGAAGAAUUAGGAGUAAGAAAAUUAGUUUCUCGUUGGAUACCCCACCUGUUGACUGAAGAGCAGAAAGCAGCCAUGGUUAAUUGUGGUGAUGAAUCGUGGAUUUACUGUUAUGAACCAGAAAAUAAACGACAGUCGACUGUUUGGGUGUUCCAAGGUGGAGAAAAGCCAAUAAAAGGCAUCCGUUCUCGAAGUGUUUCGAAAAAUAUGGUUGCGACAUUUGUGUCAAAAGCGGGUCAUAUUGCAACAAUUCAAGUCAUCACCGAGCUUCGAAAAAUCAACUCCGAAAGAAGAAUCAUCCUCCACCAAGACAAUGCAAGCUCGCACACAACCCAAAAAACAAGGCAGUAUUUAACAGAAGAAAACGUGGAAUUAUUGGACCAUCCUCCAUAUAGUCCCGAUCUAACUCCUAACGAUUUCUUUACUUUCCAGAAAAUUAAAAACAGACGGCGUGGUCAAAGGUUCCAGUCAUCAGAAGAAGCAGUUGACGUAUUCAAAAAUGCCGUUUUGGAUCUGCCAGCAAACGAGUGGAAUAAGUGUUUCGAAAAUUGGUUCGAGCGCAUACUUCGCAAAACAAUAAAAUGGGCUAAAGAACAUAGACAAUGGACACCUCAACAAUGGUGUGCAAUACAAUGGAGUGAUGAGGCCCGAUUCGAAACCGACGAGUGA